UUGAAUCCGUCACAGGUACUUUACGUCAUUGGAAUACUUUAAUUUUUAACUACAGACGUGUAUAGCUUCGUUCUUGAAGCAGCAAAUAUUGCUUAAAGAAGAAAAUGCAACUCAAUUGAAAGUCACUAUAUUCAUAUUACUGGACUGUUAAGGUUAACUAGCUUGAGUAAUCGUGCCAGCGGAGGCACCAGAAGUCUGAUCAAGCACUUUUAAUUCAUUCGGUCAUUUGGUCACGCUUUUAAAUAACGGUAGGCAUGUUUGGGCUUACGGGACAACUGACCUUGGAAGAGUGAACAUAUUUUUAGAAUGCUAACCGAAACAAUUUCACGAGACAGUCGAAAUAAACAACAAAGUAUAUACAAAACCAAUAUUCAAGAACUCGCUAAAACCUAAACAUCACUUUCCGUUGACGACUCUAAGCAAGGUUAAGGACAAGCCCAUACACGACUAUUCAUGACGAAAACCGUGCGAGAGUUAAGCCAUAUUACAAUGGUCGAGGACAAAUCACUCAAAAAGUAAAAAUAAAUGUGUGUUCUUGCAGCACAUGACAAACCAAGGGUCACAAGACUCUCACAAGGAUUUCAAGAUAAUCUAACAGGCCGAAACAAAACCCAAACACUUAGUCAGAACAUUUCUAAAUUUAGUAGUUCCCAAAGACUUCUAAUGGUGGUUGGCUUGUGGUUCACAGCGGGAGCUUAACCGCACCAAUCAGGAACCGUAGACAAUGAUUUUUCUCGGAAACCAUAGAAAAUUAUUCCCAGAACUCAUUGGGAGAUUUCCCUGUAGACUGGUUAUAAAAUUCGUGUCGAUUGAAAAUCGCAAUUCGUGGUUAUCUGAAGACAAGCUAACGUUCUUAUCCUUCUCCAAACGAAUUUGCUUUGUAAUAGCUUUGACAGUAGGUCAUGGCAGCCGGCAGAACAUCGUCACCAACUUCUGCUGGUCUUGGUGGACCCUCAGUGGCGGAUCUCUCGAAAGAAAAAACGAAUGGCACAAGGUUGGCAAGACUGCUUAUUGACGAAGGAACAAAGGUUUUAAUUAAAUUCUUGCAUUCCAUACAUCCAGAGUCAACCUUACAGAACGCAUUGAACAACAAUCGCCCAAAGCUCGAUGGGCUGAGGCGGAAGCGAGUAAUAUUUGAUGAACAGUGGGAGAAACUGUUUCCUUCCUCAGGUAAACCGCCAGACUCGAAAGACUUUGACAUCACCCUCUUACACUUACUACUCCGUGAAAUUUGUCAUCUAUCGGCUCCUUCGACCGGAUGGCGCAAAAUGCCUGCCGACACUGAUGCCAGCCCUGAAGCCAGCAUCGUGCGUAUCAAAUGCUAUAGAAAUGAGCUUUGCCACAGUGUUCCUACUGGAGUUCCGAAUGACGAAUUCGAAGACAAAUGGAAUAAAAUAUCUUCGUCUUUGGAAGUACUUCAGGUUGCCGCCCAUCGGAAGAAACUACAGUCCCUGAAGAGUGCUACCGCCGAUCACGAAGCUCAAUUGGUUGAAGAGGAACUCAAACAAUGGAGGAGGGAGAAAGAACUUGAGAAGAUUGGAAAAGUCUCUGAACUCUCCAGUUGUCUUCCUGAUGACUUGUCAGAAGAACAUGUUAUCGGCCGUGGUGAUCAAAUACAAGACAUCAAAGAAAAAGUUCAAAGUGGAACGGCUCCUGUAAUUCUGAUCACUGGUGGACCGGGAUUCGGAAAGACGACCGUAGCAAAGCGAGUGGCCUGUGAAUUAGCCAAACCCGAGAAUGAAAGAACUGUGUUGUUUUGUAGCUUAUCAUCAAAGACUACUUUCAACGAAACGACUAUGGAAAUGAUCAACUCAUGUCUUAAAGUGGUCAACACGCAGGUACCAGAGAAUCCGGGGCAGUGGCUCAAAGACUGGAGCAAACAAAUUCAAGAGCAGGUCACUUUUGUUCUUGACAAUGCAGAUGGUGUCAUCGAGUCUGAAGAUCGAGAAUUGUUCCUCAAUUUCUUACGUGAUGUAAGAAUGUUUUCGCGACAAAAUGUCACAUUUGUAAUAACUACAAGAAGAACUUUUCAAAAUACCGACCUGAAACCAAAAGAAGUCAGGCUACGCGAGUUGUCAAACGAACAGGCCAGAAGUCUUCUAGUUGCUCAAGUUCACCUCCACGAACAAGGUUUCCAGCAACAACUCUCUAAAGCAGAGCGCAUUGUAGAACUUUGUGGCUGCGUUCCUCUGGCCCUGUGUAUUGUUGGAUCUCUGCUUUCAGAUUACACCGAAGAAACCCUGAUUAAAAAACUGGAGAAAGAACCACUUGCUGUACUAGAAGACGAUGAAGGAUCUGUAGAAAAGGCCAUCAAGACCUCUUUUGAUCUAUUGACUGAAGCUGGACAAGAAGCCCUCGUUCUAAUGUCAACUUUCCAGGGGUCUUUUGACUCAGGUGCUGCCGAGGCUGUAAUGAAAGCGUGCUCAGUUCCUGGAAUUCAGCCCAUCAAGAUUAUUCGCUCCUUGAAAAAGAGUUCGCUCAUCGAGCAACCAAGUUCCCAAAGGUAUCAAAUGCAUCCACUCAUUCACUUGUAUGCAAGGAAGAUUGGUCAAGCCAAGUAUGCCGAUCUUUUAGCUAAAGGAGAAAAACUGGCCUGUAUUUAUUACAUGGCUUGCCUUGCGAAAAACGCCGAAUUGUACUGGAAAAGAGGCAGUUGCAAGGAAUCCCUUUUUUCAUUUAACAAGGACAGAAACAAUUUCGUACAUUUUCUUCGUAUUUAUGCCCAAGGAAGGGAGAAAAAGGAUGUAGAAAUUAUGGAACACUCUCAAACUCUUUUGGAGAGUUUUCCACAGAAGUGCAUGUAUUUGGAAAAGUGUCUUCAUCCAAAGAAUUAUGCCCAGUUCCUUGAACAGUUGCUGGACACAUUUGACUCAACUGUUCAGCCAGUACGUGCUGUAGAACUUUCGUGUCUUCUUGGAAAUGAAUAUAGGAAGAAAGACCAAAGGAAGUACAGCGAACUUAUGCAGAGAGCAGAAGAAAUUUAUCUCCUGAAUGCUGCAAAGUUUAAAGAAAAUCCGUUAUCAGAAGUUUACUUUCACAACUGUUAUGCACGCUUCCUUUCCGAUAAAAAAGAUCCUAAAGAAAACCAAAGAAUUGUUCACGAGACUCAAUCAGCUCUAGAAGUCAGCAGUACAAGUUUGGGUAAUCUUCAUCCGGAAACAGCAGCAACUCUUCUUUUUGCGGGAAUCAAUGCCAAGCGCCGCAAGCAGCGUGAUACAGCUACAGAACAGCUAAGAAAGGCGUUAGAAGUCUUUCAACAGAGCCUUGGUAAACAUUUUAUGACAGCCGAAGCCCUGAAAGCCAUUGCGGACUCUCGUUUUUUCCUCGGUGGAGAAACAAAAGAGGACGACGACUUAAAAUUUUGCCUCGAGUAUUAUAACGCAGCCAUAGAAAUGUUCGACGAUCUUGUCGAGGGUGGAAGCAAAGAAAGCAUCCUGACUUUGAAGAAUUGCGCAGCUUGUCACCAGAGAAGAGGAAACUUUGAUGAGGCAAUGGCUUUAUUCAGAAAGGCAGAACAAGUUGCCGAGAGAGAAUUAGAAGAGAAUCACGAAUGGAAGGUCGGAAUCAAGACUUUAUGGGCCAUCUUACAUGACGAGAUAGGAAACAAGGAUAAAGCGAAAGAAAUGAUGCGUGAAGGACUGUCGAUGGCCAAAAAACUAGACUUGCCAAUAGAAAAGAUGAGAAAUAAAUACCCGAUACGAUUGUUUAUCAACCGUUAUCCAGAGGAUUUCCCAGAGACGGAAUUCCCAAGAAGUGUUGCCAGUCGAACAGGCCAUCGAGUCGAACAGCCCCACUUUCCCAGAAAGUGGAAAGGUGGCUUUGGAAGAGGAAGGAAUCAAUCAGAGAAUUGAGGAAAAAGGUUGUUUACUGAUGGAGAACAAUUUAAAUGAUAGCGUUAGCAUACUCUUAAACUACCAAACUGAAUAUUCAUGAUUUGCAAACCAUGAUGAUGAAGAUCAUUCUUUGAAAUGACUGCUGCAAAUCGAAUUUACAGUAAUAAUUUUAUAUUUCACGCGUGAAGAUAACGAUACAACAAGAGAAAGUAGGGAUCUCUUAAAUACAACCAAUUAGCUUUCGUGUAGUUUUUUUUUUUCUCGUGUAUGAAAAAUAUAAGCAAUUUAAUCAUUUUGAAGCGAGAGACACAUUACCGACGAUUAACAAUUAACCAACUUCUGUCAGCGUGUCUCGCACUAAUUAUUUUGACAAAUAGGUUCCAUUGUGUUGCGCGUCUGUUCAGUAAUGGUUCACGGAUGACGUCAAAUGUGGUAAGAACCGGAAAGUGAGGCAAAAAGCGCAGCAGAGUGUGUCGCUCAUGUUUUUAUCACAUUUAAACAUCAUCUGUGAACUCCUACUUUACAGAAUUACUACAACAUGGAGUCCAUUUGUUUUAUACAUUUUAUAUGAUAAAAAAACAGUUGUUAAUAAUUGUAUUCACUCCAUUCAGAAUUUUUUUUCAGAUUGUAACCCAGCCGGCUAUACUUUAUCUUUUGGCUGGAGGGGUAGUUUUAAGGGUGAUUUUGGGAAAUGUAAUGCUCUGAUCAGUAGGGCGAAGUAUUUAGUAUUUAGCAACUUUUAACUUUCUGUCCGCUUGAUUAUUUUAACCGCAGUAUGAGUUUGUCCUCCUCUCCUCGAAAUUUUGCAACUUAUUUGUUUUUCAUAUCAAAAUGUUGAGCGAGAAAUCUUGAUUUUUACUCAUCACUGUUACUCGCCGUGUAGGCACACACAAAAAA